CAACAUAAGCACUUUGUUGAAAUUGUUUUUCUACGCCUCUGUUUUGCUGCGUGUCGAGCCUGUAGGCUGCUUCUGCCUGCAUCCACUCAGGGCAGCCGGCUCAUACGGUAACGGCACUGACGUUAUAUCGUCUCUGCUCCACACCCCCUCCUCCUCCGUCUCUGCCUGUCUCCGCACUGCUGGCCCGUAUCCGUUGUGUGUCACAGGCAGCAUCACAGCAGCAGCAGACAUUUGGCGAGGGGGAAACGGGGAUUGCAGUCGCAUAUACUGUGCGCUCACGCUGCGCCUGGACGUAUCGGGGGGGAAAACAGGAUUUUAUUUUCAUUUCCGCGGUGUUGUGCGCUAUCUGAAGAUUAUUUCUGCCCUGACACCCCCUCCUACCCUGCUUGUGUGGAUGGUUGACUGCAGAUUUGAUGGUGCUGAGCAGGCUCGUCUGAUUGAAGGCUUGCGGCCAGGGGGGGCAUCUGUGGGGCCGUAGAGAGAGAAACCUCUGUCCACGGUUUGCGCCCGUCCUCUGUCCUGUGAUUGUGAAUGGACUGCGCUCCCUCCGUGAUUUUCUGCAGUCGCUCUGAGUCAUUUGUGGAAGAAGAUGGCGGACAGGGCUGAGAUGUUUUCCCUAUCCACUUUCCAUUCCCUCUCUCCUCCUGGUUGCAGGCCAGCCCACGACAUCAGCCUGGAGGAGUUUGAUGAUGAAGAUCUCUCUGAAAUCACAGAUGACUGUGGGAUUGGACUCAACUAUGACUCUGAUCCUUACGAGAAGGACUCACUCAUUCUGGAGAAGAAUGACAUGCACCACCCAGUCUGCUCCUUCCAGGAUGACUUUCAAGAGUUUGAGAUGAUUGACGAUGAAGAUGAGGAGGACGAUGAAGAGGAAGAGGAAGAAGAUGAAGAGGUUGACCCUGAUGCACCCCCAUCCCCCUCUGCCUCCCCACCUCCCUCUCCUACUCUUGGCACUCUAAAGAGCAGACCCACCACACUAAACCUCACCACUGCUGUGUCACAGGAUUCACUGAACAACAACAGCAGUCUAUCCCCAAAGAAAGGAAGCUGGCAGGAGUCUGUACGCAACCCAGCCUCACAGGGCCAUCUGACUCCAACCCACUCAUAUCUGGAGGAUGGUAGCCAUGUGACAGGCCAGUGCCCGACCUCUCCAGUUUCCCAGGCACCAGGGUCCCAGAGCAAAGGUACUCCACCAAAACAGGGAGGGGAGGGCGGGAAUCCCCAGUCCCCUCAUAGGCCCCUCCUCUGCGACAUGGAGGGCAACAGGCGGGAGAGGCCCGAAUACGGCUCAUUUGGUCAACAUAAGUCCCAUCCAUGCUCAGGUGAUGUCACUGAGCAAAAGGCUGACCCUUCAAUCCAGACAACCAGAGUACCUUCCGUAGAUGAGCAUUCCCAGUGUUCGGACACAGAAGUGGACCAUGACCUCAACAGCGACCACAACCACAAACACUCAAACCGGCGUGCCACCGACACCUACACAAUCACCAGCGAGUCAGGUAUGGAGCCGGAGAAUGACCUGGACCCAGAUGGAACCAGUCGCUGCUUGUCAUCCACUGCACCCAUGGGAGCCAACGAUGGUGCCGACACACCCUUGUCUGAUGAGGAACUGGAGAAGGACUUUGAAGUGGAGUUCAUGUGCAAGGAGACCUAUGAUAUGGUGUGUAAGGAGAAUCAGUCAUCAUAUGUGGAAUUUCCCUCCAUCGAACCCUCUGAGCCCGCUUCCUUCUCCAGCUACGUGUCCUCCAGCCGCUCAGAUACUCUGGACCAGUCCAACAGUUCUGAUGCUCCAGUAGUGUCUGCCAUGGAGGCAGCGGCUAACGACUCCACCUCUCCUUCUUCAGAUCCAGGGAUAGCGGAUAUGAAUCAGCAAGGUUACAUGACUUCAGACCAGGACAAGGACCUCAGCUCUCCAGGCUCUGAAUCUGACAUUGAAGGGGAGUUGGAGGCAGCAUUUGCCUGUGGAGGUACCGUGGUCUCCAACAUGAUUUCAUCUAUCUCCGAGACAGAGCUAGACCUGACCAGUGAUGACAGUAGCAGUGGACGCUCAUCUCACCUCACCAACUCCAUUGAAGAGGCCAGCUCGCCUACGUCAGAUCAGGAACUGGACCCAGAUACAGAGUUAGAGCAGGACAGUGGCAUUGUGGGACUGAAAACGUCCCUCUUCCUGGGCCAGCCUGACCCAAUCAAAGAAGGGUCUCCUCUGCCCUCACCAUCCCCUCUACCCUCACCCACUAUUGCCACUCCAUCUCCUGUUGACUCACCCAUCUUGCCCCCUGAGUCAUACGAUGAUGGGCAAGCUCUGAUGGGGCUACAGAAUGUGGACGAUGACCUGUCCUGCGAGCACCAGGCUGACCCAGAUGAGACUCUGCCUCCAGCCCAACGCUGUGAGGACAGUCUGUCCAGACAGAUGGUGCUGCAGAUAGAACCAGACCACAGCCUAGAAAGCUUCAAACGCUCCUUCUACCUGCCAGUGGGACCCAGGCUAAUGCCAAGUGCCGAUGAAUAUGAUGGAACCAGCGAAGGAGACUCAGAAUCAGAAAGUGAAGAUGACCUGAGCGAAAAUUCAGACUCACCCUGGCUGCUUAGCAACCUGGUCAACAGGAUGAUCUCAGAGGGCUCAUACCCAAUCAGCUGUCCUGAGGACUGCUUCAAGAGGAAGGCGUCAGUGUCAGAUACCAUCUCGCCAUCCUCAGACAUUGGAGACGCAGAUGGUUUCAAUGAUGAUGACCAAGGGAAAAAAAUGGGAAUGGAUGGAUCAGAGGGGGAAGAGAGGGAUGGUGAAGGGUUCAGAAAGGAAAGGAUGGAGCCAGGAGACAGGAGGAACAGUGCAGGGUCUUCAAACGGAGAAGCAGGGAAAAGUCCCUCUCUCUAUAUGAGCAACCCUACGGGUGACACCAUAACCCCACUGACUUUGGAGCGCUGUGUAAACAAAGGGAGGGGAACCACAGAUUUCAACACCUCAUAUACCACAAAAGACUCAGACAAGAACUUCACAGAUAAACCAUCCAAGAAUGCCAGGAGACAUGAGGAAGAUGAAGAGCCAAACAAUGACUUAAUGAUGGGGAGAAAGGAUCUGGAAUCGCCAAGCCUUACUGAGAGCGUGGUCAGUGACAAGGAUGAAGGACGAGAGACAGAACCCAGGCCAACCAGCCGCUCCACAGCCUCUCUUGAGCGUAUCACCGAGGUCAAACACAGCCUGACAUUGGAUAUACCCACCACUCAGACUAACCGCUGCUUCAGCCUCACCUACUCCACAGACAAUGACGAAGAGGAGGAAGAUGGAGACUCUUAUCCAUUCUUGGGUGGCUUGAGGAGGGAGUCCUACAGGGGUAGUGACUUAGAACUUGACAGUUCACCACCCAUUGAUUCCAGUGUGCAAGAUCGUCCCUUAUCUGACCAUGACCUCCCACUGUGUGAGAAAGAUCUGGCUCUGAGGCAGCCGAAUGAAGAUGAUGGACUGGCCUAUGACUCCAUGAAGUACACGUUAGUGGUUGACGAGAAUACUACGCUGGAACUAGUCAGUCUCAGAAGGUGCACCUCCGUUCUGAGCGAUGACAGUGAACUCUCCACGCUAUGUGAUGAGGAGCCUUUGGGGACAGGACAGGUGGGCUACGGUUGCGAUGAUGAGGAGGUGAGGCCAGAACUCCUCAGUUCUUCUGAGGACUCAUCUCCUGAGGCUGACCUCCCAUUUUCCAAGAAGUUCCUAAACGUGUUUGUCAACAGCACAUCCCGCUCCUCCAGCACAGAAUCCUUUGGACUUUUCUCCUGUACCAUUAAUGGAGAAGAGAGGGACCAGACACACAGGGCAGUAUACAGGUUCAUUCCCAGACAUGCAGAUGAGCUGGAGCUGGACGUGGAUGAUCCUCUAUAUGUGGAGGAGGAAGAGGAUGACUACUGGUACAGAGGUUAUAACAUGCGAACAGGGGAAAGGGGCAUCUUCCCUGCUUUCUAUGCCCAUGAGGUCAUAGGCCAGUCCAAGGAGUUGUUGGGAAUAAAACGAAAUCCAGCAUGGAUUGAGACUUUCAGCGUUCAGUUCUUGGGUUCUGUUGAGGUACCUUACCAUCAAGGCAAUGGCAUUUUGUGCGCCGCCAUGCAGAAAAUUGCAAUAUCGAGGAAACGGACGGUACAUGUGCGGCCUCCUUCCCUGUGUGAGUUGGAGAUUAGCUUGCAAGGAGUGAAACUGAUCAUGAGCCUGGAGGAUGAAUAUGACUCCCUUGAUGAGUUUGACAGAUGUAGUCACUUCUUCCAGAUGAAGAACAUCUCAUUCUGCGGAUGCCAUCCGAGGAACAACUGCUAUUUUGGCUUCAUUACCAAGCACCCGAUGCUGAACAGAUUUGCUUGCCACGUGUUUGUAUCCCAGGAGUCCAUGCGACCUGUAGCAGAGUGUGUCGGACGAGCCUUCCAGGAGUACUACCAGGAACAUCUGGAGUACGCCUGCCCCACUGAGGACAUCUACCUGGAGUAAGAAGCAUUGCCAUGACGACCACCUUCUUCCUCUACAGCUCGUGUAUGUUCAUCAAGUUUGCCACCAGAGGGCGCUGUCAGUGGAGGUCUCCUCUCCAUUGUAAAACACUCUUCUGUGUCCCUCUGACACUGGGAUCUUAAUUUCUACAGUAUGCUAGGCAUUUGACUGAUUUCAUUCAUCUCUCUCUCUUUGUUUAUUUCCAUCUUCUCGAUGGAUUGAUUGCCUGUUUCUUUGAUCUUUUUCUAUGAUAUAAAACUAAGACGCUGAGCACCUGUUUAUUUAAAGGUUCCUCUUUUGAAAUGAAAACAAUAUACCUACUACUGCUGUUUCACUUUUCAAUGCAUGGCUAGUAGGAUUACUGCACACAGACACACCAAGAAAUACACAUAUCCAAGUGAAUGGCAAGCAGCUCAACAAUCAGUAAGGAAAUGGUGUAGAAUUAAGAGGUUUAAUUAACUGUAAAUAUGUAUUUGUUCAAUAUUGACAAACUGCUAAUUUGAUUUCUACUGAUAGUGACAUUGGAGCAAAGUAGAGAGAGUACAGUGAACUGUCCUUGGUCCGAGCUUACCCCUGUGUCGCGUACAAGACGUAUUGUGUGUUGUAAAUAUAUGUAUAGAGAGUAGACAUACAGGCGCCUCAUCCAGACUAAUUAAGAAACACUCAAAGUUGAGACUGAUGGAGGGAGUUUUGUUCUCAGCUUUGUUGUGGGUAUUAAAACUCUGACAGGAGUAAGUGCAGGUAUCAGAGAUUUUAGAAAAGCUGUACUGACUUGGAAUGAACUUUGAAUGUCAUGAGCCCCACAGAUAUUUUAUUCAGCUUGGAUUGUGUGCAGCAACUGUCAGUACAUUUGGAUUAUAUGACAGAACCAUUUUACCUUUGUCCAGUCCUCAAAGUUGCACUGCUUACUGACCUUCACCAUGGGGAUCUUUCAUAGGAAAUGAUUCAACUGUUCGCUGUAUGCUUUGCUAUGAUUGGUGUGACUUUCAGGUCAAAGAAAGCAAAGGCCCUCUGAAAAGCCAUAUUCUCACCCCUCUGAUUGUUUCACUCUGGUUUUAGUGACGUCCUAGUCUCUGUUUUUUUAUUUUUUGACUGGGCAGUUUCAACGAGGGAAAAGGAAUGACUGGAUUAACAAACAGCAGUAGCCACGUGCCAGUAAUGCUGUAUGGCAGUGUUUCUACUGUCCAGUGAGAGUGUCCUACUAAUACUUGGUCCUGGUAUCACAAUGGAAUCAAACCUUUAAUAAAGCAUUAAAAGGGAGGUUUUAUAGUUAUGUAAAUGGUUAGACUUUGAUCUUGUUUUUUAAGUAUGAUGGGCAGAAGGGACGGCCUCAUGUUCUCAUAUUUAUUUAUUGCUUUUAGUCAGGUGAAAGGUUGAGCAUCAUUUACAUGUUACACAGUAACCCACAGUAGUCUGGGGUUGUUGUAGCUUACCAUAGCUUUCAGUAAAAACACCUUAUAUAGGAGAGGGGUUACAUUUGAAAAAUGCAGCCACUACAGUUAACUGUUAUUUGAAAUUUACCACUCCCAUUGUUCCCUCAGACACUGUUUGCCAUCUUGUUCUGUUGCUUUCAGUCACAGUCGACCAGAACAAACACCUCAGAUCUGCAGGAUUUCAGUGUUCACUGAAAGCUGAUACGUCAGGAGGGGGAUUAUCUACAUAUGUAUCGCUGUCAGUUAGAUCAUGUAUAUACAAUAGCGAAUCUAAGAUAGUGCUGUGUCUUUUAUGUUGAGUAUGUUAUUGAAAUGAAUAUGUACAUUAAUUAAAAAGAAAUUUAAAAAAAAGAUCACAACCAGACAAAACCCCUCUGAAAGAACACAUUAAAAAAAAAAAACACGUUAGCGUCUGUGAUCUGCAAUAAUUUUAUUUCAGUGUCUUCUGUUUCUACACAAGGUGUUAUCUCAGUAUCUGUCACACAGGUGAAAUUUGAGUUCCUGCCAGCUCCAUAACUCUACAGACAGGCUUCAGCAGCACAUUUAGGGCGCAUUUGUGAGAUGUAACAUCAUUAGUGUGAGACACACCCACCAGACCACUGACCAAUCUGCUGUUAGAGCUGAAUAGUGACUGAGUCAGCUGCCAUUGGAAAACUAUUAUUGCGUCUUGCCAAUUAUAGUAAUCGCCUUUGAGCUCCAACAGUGUGACCCAUCUCUGAUCUGUAUCUAUUUGCUUCUGAUUAUGUUUUUCUAUCUUGUUACAGCCUAGUUCAAAUCCUUCUUUCCACACAGCUACACAAAAACAACCUCUGAGGAUGAUCUAGUCCCAUAUAGCCGCUGAGACAUACAUUAACAAUUAAACCAAACUUUUGACUUUAUUACAUUAACAAGAUUCUUCACUGUAUACCUAGAGCAAAACAGUAUGUGACAGAACAAACAUAUCCUAUCUUGUAUCUUUAAAAACAAG